UCAUGUGCAUGUGAAGGAAAAGGCAGGGUGGAGGAAAUGAUUCAAAUGGAAUCAUUUGUGGAUAUUUCAGAGGAACAGGAAGGGAGGAAAGGAUUUGAUGGCGUUCAAAGUCUGGGGGUUUGGAGAGGCCAUCCAUAACACUGGGCAGCUCUCAGCCCAGAAGUAUAGGAAAGAGAAUCAGGGAUGAAAAGAAGAAAGAAAGCAAGAGGCUGAAAGAGAGGGAGAGAGAGAGAGGAAAACCUUUGGCACAUUUUUGUCUUCCUUUUUGCAAGGCCUGUGAAAAAUCAAAACCACUUUUUUGGCGCUGGGACGAGUCAGAGGCUGGGCUUGGUCGUUGUUAUUAAUAAACUUCUUUUUUUCUGGAAUGCGCGAGUCUGUCAGAACCCGGCGCAAUGUUUACACAGUUUCCUGGCCGAAGACUCUUUUAGGAAGAAAGGAAGAGAGCCCAGAAAGAGCUCAACAGUGGAAAUCAAAACAGAACAAUGGACCCGCUAUUUUGCUUAUUAAUGACACUGUUCCUUGUAGGGAUCCAGUGCUGCCCAGAGGUAUGCAGAUGUGUAGCCCAGAAGAAAUAUGGCCGCCAUAUUGUUGAUUGCUCUUACAAAGACCUCCAGGCGGUCCCUCUUGGCUUGCCCUCCAAUGCAACGACCCUCACUUUGUCAGUCAACAGCAUUACUUCUCUGGGAGAAGACUCCUUUGUGGAUUCCACCAACUUGCAGGCUCUUUGGAUGUCAUACAAUGAGAUCAGUACCAUUGCUAGGGGGACCUUUGCAUUUCUGGUGCAGCUGCGGGCCAUCGAUCUCAGCCACAACCAGAUCAGGGCCUUCCCUUGGGGAGACCUGUCCAACCUCACAGCUCUACAGCAGUUGAAGCUCAGCAGCAACCGUUUGGAUAAGGUCCCUCUGGAAGCCUUCCAGACCUUGAAGGACUUGCGGGCCCUCUGGCUUGACAACAACCAGCUUGCUGUCCUCUCUGAGGGCACUUUUGACUCCAUGUCUCUGUUGUCCCAGUUGCAAAUCAACAACAACCCAUUGAACUGCUCCUGCAGGAGCUGGUGGUUGAAGAAAUGGUUGGAGAACACCACAGUUUCAAUCCCAGAGAAGGAGUCUAUUACUUGUGCUGCUCCUGAACAUCUGAAAGGUCUCAUUCUUGGGAGGACCUUGAAAAUGGACUGCAUGUUGCCAUCAGUCCAGUUAGUUUACCAUUCCAGUAUGGGCAACAGUGUGCUACAUGAUGGACUCACUCUCUUGUUGCACUGCAGUGCUGUGGGUAAACCACCACCGGAGAUCAGGUGGAAAAUCCAGACGGCCGCUCAAAAUGUAGCCAUCAAUGGGCCAAACAUAGAAGCAGAAGGGGACAAUGUGCUUGCCAGUGUGACCUCUAAGCAGAACAAAGGCGGGCGCUUCCUGGUCUUCAAGAAUGGCUCCAUGGCCAUCUCCAACUUCAACAAAGCUGAUGAAGGCUUUUAUACUUGCCAGGCACUGAAUGAUGUUGGGUCUCGGGAGGUUUCGGUCAAUGUGGCUUUGGCCAGCUCAGAGAAUCCAGCCGAUCAGCUCCAGAAUGACAUCCAAGCCAGCAAGCCCAAAGACAACCCUUGCGACAAAGAACACCCCAAAUCUGAAGAAAAAGUUGUGUUCAUCUACCUUAGCCCAAUAGUACCAAAGGCCAGUGGGAAUGGGGGGACUAUGUGGGAUUCAUGGCUGUGGAUGAGUUCAUUUCUGGUUUCUUUGCUACCCUUUUUGUAGUUACAAAUGGCUGUAAUGCAACAAGCUGUAGAAACUUAGUGUCUAAUUUGUUAGGGGCUGAGCUGUAAAGAUAUGCCUUUUAAAUAACACUGAACAAAUCAAGGCUUCUGUAUUCAUAGUUUUUUUGUGGGUUUUUUGGGCUCUGUGGCCAUGUUAUAGAAGAGUUUAUUCCUGAUGUUUUGCCUCUAUCUGUGGCUGGCAUCUUCAGAGUAUGACAUCCAAAGAGUCUGCAAGAGUAGGACAUCUGAAGAUGCCAGCCACAAAUGCAGGCAAAAUGUCAGGAACAAACUCUUCUAGAACAAUGGCCACAUAGCCCGAAAAGCCAUAAAAAAUGAUGGAUACCGGCCAUGAAAACCUUCGACUUCUGCAUUCAGCUGCUUUGGUUGUUGGAGAAUUCAAGGAGUUGUAGUUCCAAAAAAAUAACAUUCCAGAAGCAUCUCUUUGGUGCAAAUAGGAGAGAAAUCAGCAUAAAAAUGUCAAUGUGUUGCUAAUGGCUCAGCCUCAGAACACUGAUUUUCCAAAACAAAAGCACAACACUACAGACCAAUGCAGAACCCAGUACUUAAUAUACAAUAUACCAUACUGUAUGCAAUAUGUUUAACGCACGCUACUGAAAAGAAAUCUGUCUAAGGCAAACACUUAAAAUAAAUAUUUGGAUGGGAGGCAAUGGAAGGCAUUUGAGAGUUCAUGGCGGUCACUGACUGACUUUAAGGAAAGAUGACACAGCUUGGGGCAUUGCAUUGUACAAAGAUUUUCUUUGAGUGUUGUGAUAUAUGAACUUGGCCGUGUGGCUCUUUCUUUUGUCAUGUAAUCUAACUCUGUUUUACUAUGCAACAAUACAUAUUUGGUUAUUGAAACAAAA